CUUUUAUUUACAUAAAUAUACAAAUAUAUAUAUUUAUAUAUAUUCAUAUAUAACACAUUCUACUUUAAAAUGUCGACAUUAGAUAGCAUGGAAGAUGACGAUGAUACCUUUUAUUAUGAAGUAGAAAAGAUUGUUGAUAUGCGCAUUUCCGAAACAGGUGUUCAUAUGUUCUUGAUUAAAUGGAAGAAUUACGAUGACGCAUUUAAUACUUGGGAACCAGAACAUAAUCUCAAUUGUCCAACUAUUUUAGAAGAAUUUUUAAAAGGCUAUCAAAAGAAGAAAACAUCAAAAACAAAAAGGAAAAAGAAUAGUAUAAUUAAGGGGAAAAAGAAACAACACUCAUUACCAGAAGUAGAGGCAGAUUUGCAAAAAAUCGUUGCCAAUACAAAAAAAGAAACGGCCAUAGAGAAAGUAGAGAAUAAAGAAGAAAAAGAGAAAGACGAAAAAGAGAAAGAAGAAAAGAAUAAAAAGGAAAAAGAUAAAAAGGAAAAAGAUAAAGAUGAAAAGGAUAAAGUCGAAAAGGAUAAAGUCGAAAAGGAUAAAAACGAAAAAGAUGUAGAAAAGGACAAAGAUAAACUAAAUGAGAAUAUAAACGACACAGGGAAAGGCAAAGAAAAAGAGCUAAAGAGGAAGAAAAGCAACGAUGAUAAUGAUGACUUAUUAGAGAAAAAACGAAAAGCAUCAACAGAAGAAGUAACCGAACAAAAUAAAAGAAAGAAUGUAGAUAAUCCACCGCCCAAGAUUACAUUCACUAUUCCAUCAAAGACAAAAAAUACAUCAUUUAAUACUAACACCAGCAUUAAACUUACUCCAAAGCCCCCAUCAUGUAAGAUAAUAUAAAUUGAAAUAUAAAUACCUCUUUUAACAUCUUUAUUUUAGCAAAUGUUGAUUUAACAUCUAUAUUAAAGAUGGUUGGAAAGCAUUCUACAUCAUCAAAUACACCUUCUUCACCUAACUUAUCCUUAUCUAAAUACCCGCCAAUUGCACCUAAAAACAUAAGCUAUCGUGCACCUUUAAACUUAUUUUCAGCAAUACCUUCAAAUCAUAAUAAUUUAGAAUCUAAUCAUGAACAAAAAUCAAGCUUAAUACAAUACAAUAAUUUGCCAUCUCAUUAUACGACUACUUCUACUCCAGUAAAACGAAUAUUACCUAAUAAUCGAGAUCCUAGAUUAGAUCCACGUAUUACAACAACAGUCGAAAGUCCAAAAAGAGUAAACUUCCAAAGCACACCUUUUCUAUUUCAAGGAGUUAUUUCAAAAGGGGGGAAGUAUAUAUCAUCUAUCACUUUAGA